UCAGUCAGUUUGUAGAUAACACACGAACGAUACACAGUGACGUACAUGCGUAAUCUAAUUGACACACAAUUUAACCGCACAUUUUUAAUACAUCGCCAACAAUUUUAACGUGUUUUUACCAAAUUUAAAAUAAAAAAGAUUUUUUUUGUGUAAUUUUUGUUUGAAAAUAUAUUCGUACCAAUGAACGCCAUGGACGCAAUCGCAAUGAUGAACCAAGGGAUUCUCAUGAAAAAUAUUAAACAUGAAUUGUCUGAAAAAAACAAUACAAAUCAAUUUGGCGACGCCUACUCCGAAAUUUUACCGAUUGAUUUAUCACGUCAUUGUGAUUCGGUAGAAACGCGCAAAACUCCGUCGCCAUACUCAUCCGGUUUUGGUGAAAGUUCACCGAGUCAAAUGAACGAAUCGCCCAGCUCAUUGAUGAAGUCAUCAAGUAAUUUUAGUGCCUCCGUAAUUACACACAACCGUUCUGAUACGCCACCAAGUCACUAUCAUUCGAGUCAAUAUUUGCAGCGCACAUAUUCAUCAAACUCUGACGAUUCAUCACGAUUUGCAUACAAAACAGAGCGUUCACCCUCUCCACCGGAAUCGAUGCAUCACCGUUAUAUGCAUGAACAAUCGAUAAAUGGCGGUGCCGAUGAAAUUAAUCCAUAUAUUUUGCAUGCGGUUGCCAUACAGCAAAAAUUACAAAGCAUUCCGGCAACAGUUUCAACGAGUGGUCAAUGUGACAUACAAUCAUUUCCAAUGGUGAUGGGUCGUGAUGGAAAAUUGGCACGUCCAUUCAAGGCCUAUCCACGGGAUCCGUUGAGUAUCACCACAACACUUCCAUCAACCGAUCCGUUGACAGAUCGUGUGUCCACCGAACGAUUCAAUAUAUUUCGUCAACAAAUGCUCGAUCAAAUUCAUGCAGCCAACGGUGGACGGCCCACAAUAACAAAUCCAAAAAUGCGACGCAAUUCAAUAAAAAUUGAACGAACAUCGAACGAAUUCCAAAUACAACAACAGCAACAACCGCAGCCAGAACAAAUGCAGCAGCAACAACAACAAAAGGCUGUCGAUCUAUUUGCACAAGUCAGUAGCCAAUCAGAUGAGUCGGUCAACAACAAAAACGAAGCGGCGAAAGACAAUGCCUAUUAUGAACGACGUAGAAAAAAUAAUGCAGCCGCAAAAAAAUCACGCGACCGACGACGCAUUAAGGAAGACGAAAUUGCCAUUCGAGCAGCUUUUCUUGAACGAGAAAACCUUGAACUGAAAAUUGAACUCGCCACCGCAAGACGGCAAUUGGCCAAUAUUUUAGAGAAAAAGUAAUAUUAAGCGGACACUUUUAGGAAUUAUUUGCAAGACUAGAAAUAAAUCUAGAUAUGUUAGAUAUGUCACUGUGUUAUCAAUAGAUUUUAAUCACUUAAUACCGAAGUACUUUUUGUAGGACAUUGUAAAAGCGAUGUAUGAAAUUCGCGCUUAGAAUAUAGGGAUCGAAAUAAAAUAAUUUUUUUAGGGACAUUGAAAAUGAA